UGCAACGCGCAGUUAAUACAUAUACACACAUAUAUAUACAUAUAUUUAUUUAUGUGUGUAUUAAAGUUAUUAAAGUGCAUUCCUAGGAUGCACAUUUGUUGUGACACUUGCUGAAAGUAAGGGAAUGUGGAUCUUUCAAAAGUUGUUGUUAAUGCUACAGUGUAAUAGUCGUACUUAAGUGUACUGAUGCACUACGGCUACCGAUGCCAAAAAGUUACACUUGAACGCAACACGAGGACUACGGCCAACAUCCAGUCGACACGUACAUUCUGUGCCUGUGUGAAAAACAACAAAUAUUCUGUACUUUACGCGGCAGAGGGCAGUAGCCUGUAUAUCAGUAGCCUGUAUAUGUGUAGGAAUCCUACUGGUCAGAUGGUCGACGGUUCCCUCGUUGCAGAUGUCCUUGUUGUUGCUUUCGUUUGUUGGUCUGCGCAGACAUGAUGUAGAUGCAAAAUGAGAAAAGCUGCCUGCGUGUGCCACCUAGAGUGUUCUUGGGCAAUGCUUUGAUAAGCUGAUCAGUCAAUCACAGUGAUCUCACCCACUGAGUCCCCUGAAAAGGCGCCAGCAGACUGGCGGGGUCAGACGGUACAGGACACUCCGCAAAAUCUAGGGUCAUAGACACUCACCAACAACCGCACUCUGGCAGACACAUCAGCGGUUAGAUUGGUGUCUCAUGGCCCUUAUACAUAAUACUGCAGAUAUUCUACGUUCAUGCUACUGUGAUUUUAUUGGUCAUAACCAUAACUAUGAUAAAGAUACAGGUUAUCACCAAACCGAAAGCAGAAUUGGAUAGGCUUUAUCUAUAAUGGAGUGGUUUUACAUUGUAGGUGAAAGUGAAUCCCUCUGGUUCGGCCUAAAGCUGCCAGUUGUGUGUGUUCUUUCACUGCAGAUUAUUAUCUAUAUCACUUCAUUUCACAUUUAAGACCUUUAAGUUGCUCUGACAAGCCAGUUCUGUGAAUACUGUAAAUGACUUGGUACAACAGAUCGUAUCUUACACUUAUCAAAUAUGAUGUCAACGCUGUAUAGCUCUAAAUCUUCACACUCGCUAAUCCCUCUGUAUCUCAUAAAGCUGCUUUGAUACUAACAGACACUUACACGCGUGCCAAGUCAGGGAAAACACUCCAGGGCCUGUAAUUCUGGGGCCAAACCCACGGCGGAUGACAUGGCAAGUUUUAAUGAGUGUUUGUGGCCCUGGGCCAGUGCCUAAGUGUGUGCAUGUGUUUAUGCACGUAGGAGGAUAAUUUGAGAAGCCAGGUGGGUGCAUCAACACUGAACUCAUUUCUUUGUCGUGGUGUUACUCCAAAGCCAAAAUAUGUGACAGGCUGUCCAUAUUUUCAAGGUCCAAAAGUAUAGGCCUAUCCCGGGGAGAUCGAAGCUUGACUCCAAAUCGCCUCCCAGGGGGUUGGCUGUCCUGUCAUGUGCACAGCGGGGGAUUGGCGGAGACAGUGAUUUGGACUCAAGUUGACGAUGAAGUAGACUGGGACCAGAAACCCAUGGGGGGGGACACGAGGUCAAGGAGGAGGGCUAUAAAAGCUAACUCCUAACUCGCGCCUAAUGUCAUUCUGGGUGUGAAGACUGAAGAUUUGGGACGCUCAGAGGUCCACGUCUCUGUGAAUCAUUUAACUGAAACAGCAGAAUGUGUGAACAAAGAUGCUGAGGUAAGUGCAUAUUAGGGUCAGGGUUAGGGUUAGAAGGCAUUUUCUUACGUACGUAUGAUACUUCUCUCUCGCAUUGAGUGUUUAAACUUCAACCAAAUAAAGACACUUCUCCAAUAUUUCAUAAUCUAAGGUUUUUGGCAUUUUUUUCCUCUCACAUCAGCAGAACAACUCUGUGAAGGAGGUGGAGAUCGACAAGUCAAAAAGAUGCAGACGUUCCAGAAGACUUUGGGCUGUUUAUUCCUUCUUUGUUGCAUCUGCCCAACUCAGUGCAGAGAGCUGAAGUUUGUUGUGGCCGUGUUCCGACACGGUGAUCGAUCGCCUAUUGAGUCGUAUCCCAGGGAUCCACACGGGGAGGAAGUGUGGGCUCAUGGCUUUGGACAGCUCACUGAGCUGGGCAUGAAACAGCAGUUUGAGCUGGGCAGGUUUCUACGGAUGCGUUACGGGAACUUUCUCAGCGAAGACUACGACAACAAAGAGUUGUAUGUGCGGAGCACUGACUACGACCGAACUCUGAUGAGCGCCCAGGCCUGCCUCUCCGGGAUGUUCCUCCCAACAAGACGCCCACCUCCCAUCAUGCCCCAGUUACUGUGGAGGCCUGUUCCGGUGCACACCAUCCCCAGGGCCCAGGACAAGCUGCUGAGGUCUCCGGGCAGAGACUGUCCGAGGUUCAGGUCCCUGAUGACGGAGACCUUUGAGAGUGAGCCAUACCAGAGGUUCCUCGGGGCUCACCAGUACAUCAUUGAGGGACUCUCUAACCACACCGGCUACCCCGUCUCCAAGCUGGUUGGUAAAAAAAUGUGGAGGGUCUACGACACCCUUACCUGUCAGAGGAUCCAUAACUUGACUCUCCCACGCUGGGCCACCCAGGACGUCCUGGACACCCUGAAGAGAAUUGCGUCCUUCGAGGUCAUGUACAGCAUCCUCAGUCACAAGCGAAAAGAGAAGGCCAGGCUCUCGGGAGGGGUCCUGCUGAACGCCAUCCUGAGGAAUUUCUCAAAGGCCGUAGAGCAAGGGAGCUCUCUCAAAUUCAUCAUGUACUCAGCUCACGACUCCACACUCAUCACCCUCCAGGCAGCGCUGGACGUGUACAACGGCCUUCUUCCACCUUAUGCCGCCUGUCAGCUCUUUGAGUUCUACCAAGAGCAUGAUGGAUCCUACUCUCUGGAGCUGUAUUACCGCAAUGACUCCGGGCCCGACCCCUACCCCAACACUGUGCCAGGAUGCAAUGGAUUGCACCCCUGCCCUUUGUCCAUGUUCACCGAGCUGGUGAGGGAAGUGGUGGCAGAGGACUGGGAGGUCGAGUGUGGGUUCAGGACAAAAUGGUCAAGCACAGGUGUUGUAGCGGCUCUUGCAGUGGCUGUGGGAGUCCUGGCAGUGGCGCUGUUGAUCAGCAUAGGGGUGGCCGUCCACAGGCGGAGACCUCACUACUCCAGGGAGGUGUAGCACACAGGACUUUAACACAUGUGCAGACAAAACCUUCCCAAGUGUGGACAUGACUCUAAUGACUGUACUCUGUAUUUUUAAUCAUUUAGAUCCUGAUUAUGUAUGUGAGGGCUUUUCUACUAUGAAUUGUAUUUGUAAAGGUUAAGGAAUAAGUUGAUGAUAAAGAUAUGUAAUGUAAUAUAAUAAAAAAUGAACCACA